AUGGAACAGAGUGGGAUCACAUUUGAAUGCAUCGACAUCGACAGAAUGACAGGAUCUUCAGUUAAUAUAGCAAAUAAUAAUGAGGUUGAUGAACAACAUUGUCGUCAUGUUGUGAUAUCCAUCGAAGAAAUGUGCAAACGACUGCCGCCGCCUCCUAUUGAUCCAGAAUGCAGCAUCUAUCGGGUUCCCAAACGGCUACUCAACAUGAAUCGUAAAGCCUAUACACCUCAAGUGAUUUCCAUUGGCCCUUUUCACCAUAGUAAUCAAUCCAAUUUGAUUGUCACACAACAACAUAAGCUUCAAGCUCUCGAUAGCUAUCUCCAUCGUGUAAAGAUGACAGUUGAGGCCGUCGUGAAAAUCACUCAGAAUUGGGAGAAUAGAGCCCGCAGUUGUUAUGGAGAACCCAUCAAAAUGAAUAAUGACAAAUUUGUUACAAUGCUGCUUCUAGAUGGUUGUUUCGUAGUGAWGUUUCUGAUACUAGAUUAUAACAACUAUGAAACUGAUGAAAACGGGUUCGAUUCUUCAUUCUACGAAGCAAUGAGUUCUGAUAUAUAUGGAGACAUGACAAUGCUUGAAAAUCAGCUUCCUUUCUUUGUUCUUCAAGGUCUAUAUGACCUAAUACCGAAAGAUCAUGAAAUAAAAAACAACUCCCUUAUACAACUUAUAGAAACGUUUUUCAGUAGGUCGAUGAACAAUCAUGAGAUUCCUUGUCAUGUAUCCCCACCAAAUGUAAAGCACUUGGUCGAUCUCUUAAGCUUAUACUUCUUGCCCCCGUGUGAUACGAAGCAGCAGCAUGAUAAGGACGAGUAUUUGGUUACUCCAUGUGUAACCGAGCUUUGCGAGGCUGGUGUCACCAUCAAGAAAGGAAAAGAAGCCACAUGUCUGAUGGACAUAAGCUUCAAAAAUGGGGUUUUGGAAAUCCCACCUUUAGACAUUGAUGAUCACUUUGAAACCAUCGUGCGAAACCUGAUGGCGUUUGAGCAUUAUCCCGCAGCAAAUUACCACAGGUAUACAAUCCAAUAUGCUUUAUUUCUGGAUUAUAUGAUAAGCACAGAGAAAGACGUGAGAUUACUUGUGGAGGCGGGAAUCAUAAUCAAUAGUAUUGGCGGUAGUGAUAAAGAAGUUUCAAGACUGUUUAAUGAUCUCGGUAAAUACGUCUCCAUUCCGGGUGGUGUCCACUACUUAAACCAUAUCACCAAACCUUUACAUGAUCACUGUAAGAAAUGGUGGCCCCGAUCCAAGGCUACAUUGAAACGUGACUAUUUCAAUAGUCCAUGGGCUUUUAUCUCCAUCGUCGCUGCUACCUACAUCAUUAUCCUCACUCUCUUACAAACAAUAUUCACUGCGAUAUCCACUUUCAAGUGAA